CGGUCCCUGUGUGCGGCGGGACAGCGAGAGGCAGCAGAGCCCAGACCGCCGAGAUGCCCCGGAGCAGCCUGCACGGGGCCGCCGUCCUCCUGCUGCUGAUCUUAAAGGAGCAGCCCUCCAGCCCAGCCUCACCGAACGGAUCCAAGUGGACCUAUUUUGGUCCUGAUGGGGAGGACAGCUGGUCCAGUAAGUACCCAUCAUGUGGGGGCCUGCUGCAGUCCCCGAUAGACCUGCACAGUGACAUCCUCCAGUACGAUGCUAGCCUCCCACCCCUCGAGUUCCAAGGCUACAAUGUGUCUGCCAACCAGAAGUUUCUCCUGACCAACAAUGGCCAUUCAGUGAAACUGAACCUGCUCCCGGGCAUGCACAUCCAGGGCCUCCCGUCCCGCUACAGCGCCACGCAGCUCCACCUGCACUGGGGAAACCCAACCAACCCCCUGGGCUCUGAGCACACCGUCGGUGGGAGGCACUUCGCCGCGGAGCUCCACAUUGUCCAUUACAACUCAGACCUGUACCCCAACGCCAGUGCUGCCAGCGACCAGUCAGAAGGCCUUGCCGUGCUCGCAGUUCUCAUUGAAAUGGGCUCCUUCCAUCCCUCCUAUGACAAGAUCUUCAGUCACCUUCAACAUGUCAAGUACAAAGGCCAAGAAGUGUCCGUCCCAGGCUUCAACAUUGAAGAACUGCUUCCCGAGAGGCUUGCUGAGUACUACCGCUAUAAGGGGUCCCUGACCACACCUCCUUGCUACCCCACCGUGACCUGGACAGUUUUCCGAAACCCUGUGCAAAUUUCCCAGGAGCAGCUGAUGGCUCUGGAGACAGCUCUGUACUGCACAGGCCUGGAUGACCCUUCCCCCAGAGAAAUGAUUGACAACUUCCGGCACGUGCAGAAGUUCGACGAGAGGUUGGUGUAUAUCUCCUUCCAACAAGUGGAAAUCCUUACGGGCACAGGACUGAGUCUGGGCAUCAUCCUCUCGGUGGCCCUGGCUGGUGUUCUGGGCAUCUGUGUUAUCCUAGCAGUCUCCAUCUGGCUUUUCAGAAGGAAGAAGAGUAGCAAAAAAGGUGACAACAAAGGCGUCAUUUACAAACCAGCCAUCAAGAAGGAAACUGAGGUCCAUGCCUGA